AUGGUUCACUUCACCGCCCUCAUGACCGCUGCCUUCGCCGGCAUGGCCUUCGCAGCACCAUUGGAUACUCGUCAGACCACCUCAUCAACCGAUGACCUCGUCUGCGGUGCCCUUCUACAGCCUCUCGCUGGCUUCCUUGACUACCAAUCCGGCAACGCCGGUGGCAACACCCAAAAUGUCCUCGCAGCCGCCAGCAACAUCCUCUCAGACGCCAACCUCCCCUCAGAUGUCGAGACCAUCAUCAACAGCGUCACUGGUGGCAUUGUUGGUUCCAUCACCAACGGUGUGAGCAACGUCCUUUACGGUCUUUCCACUGGAGCCGACAACGUGGACCCUGAGUGCAAGCAAAAUGCAGCCUACUGCACCAACGAGUUGAGGGCUGCCUCUGCGGCUUGCGCGGCUGGCCAGUCUGCUCAGGCUCAGGAUGCUUGUUUGCAGGCAAAGUACACCUGUGCUCGCAAUGACAUCCUUACGGCAGACCAAGUCAACGGUGUCGCUUCUUGCUGCUCGCAGUACACUGGUUCCGCUGCCUCUUCGUAG